AUGGAAUGGCAGGUUGAUGGCUUUAGAAAGGUACUGGAUUACUGCUUCUUAUGUUCAAUACCAUAUAUAGGGUAUAAAUUUACUUGGAAUAAUAAAAGGAGUGGAACUGCAAAUGUUCAAGAAUAUAUUGAUAGGUGUUUUGCCAAUUUUGAAGGCCAAAAUCUAUUCCCUUGUGGUGUUGUGCAGCAUUUUCCAAACUCUGUUUCUGAUCAUCAGGCAUUAUGCUUGCUCUUGGAUGGUAGUGCCCAACUAGACCUUCGUCCAGGGAAUAGAUUUCAUUUUGAAUCGGUUUGGUUAGGAGAACUUGAGUGUGCAAAUAUUGUUGAUGAGGAGUGGAAUUUUACUCCUAGUGGAACUGUCACUAUGCAUGAUGUUAUUCAAAAAGUAAAUAACUGUGCUAAGAAACUGAGAAGAUGGAAUAAGUAUUCAUUUAAUUAUAUUAAUCAACGGCUCACAUGUUGUUACCAAACAUUAUCAGACCUCCAGUAUAAAUCACCAACUAUUGAUAAUAUGAGGGAACUCCAUCAGGUUGAAGAUGAAAUAAAUUGUUUACUUGAUAAGGAGGAAUCUCGAUGGAAACAGCGUUCCAGAGAUCUGUUUACUACUAAAGGAAGUCAUAUUGAGAGUGAUUUAAGCUUUGGAGUAAGGGGACGCGUUACGGAUUUCAUGAAUGCCGAGCUUUGCAAACCGUUUAUAGAAGAUGAAUUAAGAACCGGUUUGUUUAAAAUGAAUCCUUCAAAGGCUCCAGGACAUGAUGGUUUUCCUGCAAUGUUCUAUCAACAUUAUUGGCCUUCCAUUGGAGCAACCAUAACUGAAGCAUGUCUACAGAUUCUCAAUGAUGGAGCAGAUAUGGGCAACAUUAACCACACUCUAAUUGCUUUAGUGCCCAAGGUUAAUGACCCUUCUAAUGUUUCUGAUUACCGGCCAAUUAGUUCAUGUGAUGUUAUCUAUAAAAUGAUCUCGAAAACUCUUGUGAAUCGUCUAAAGGCUUUUCUGCCUAAGCUUAUUUCGGAAGAACAGAGUGCUUUCGUUCCAGGAAGGCAAAUCACAGAUACUGUUUUAGUGGCCUUUGAACACAUGCAUUUUAUUGGCAAAAAACAUUUGUGUCAAACCGGUCUUAUGGCACUUAAAUUAGAUAUGAGUAAGGCCUAUGAUAGGGUGGAAUGGGAUUUUUUACGACAGCAGGGUUUCUUUGAACCUACUUAUGGCUUACGGCAAGGUGACCCUUUAUCACCCUAUCUUUUCCUAUUUGUCUUUGAAGGACUCUCUUGCUUACUUCGGAAAUAUCUUGGUUUACCGUCAUUUAUUGGUAGGAGAAAGGUUGAGCUUUUUCAGUCUAUUAAAGAACAGGUGUGGCAUAAAUUGGAGGGUUGGAAUGGAAAAUUAUUUUCUAGGGGAGGGAAGGAGAUUCAUCUUAAGGCUGUUAUUCAAUCUAUACCAACAUAUACAAUGAGUUGUUUCAAACUUCCAAAGAAGUUAAUAAAAGAUUUAACUGGUCUAAUGACCCGAUUCUGGUGGGGUUCUUAUGCUGGAAAGAGAGGUCUUCCAUGGAAAAAUUGGAUGCAACUUACACAACCAAAGUCUCAAGGUGGACUAGGCUUCCGAUCCCUAGAUGAAUUCAACCGUGCUUUGCUAGCAAAACAGUGUUGGAGAAUCGUUAGAAAUCCCAGUUCUUUACUAGCAAGAGUGGUGAAGGCAAAGUAUUUCCCACGAUGCUCCUUUUGGGAAGCAGGUAUUGGUCGCCAACCAUCCCAUUCUUGGCGUAGUCUUGUAUGGGGGAGAAGAAUUCUGGAGACUGGUGGGAUAUGGCGUGUUGGUGAUGGAAAAUCCAUUCGUAUAUAUAAAGAUUCUUGGCUGCCAGGGGUGGGCCCAUCUCGAAUAUUGUCUCCUAGAAUCUUACCAGAGGAUGCUAUAGUGGCAUGUUUACUUACUGAUUCUGGAGCUUGGAAUUUAAAUCUGUUACAAGCUUCUUUCUCUACUGAUGAGGUUGAAGUCAUUAAAAAUAUCCCAUUUGAUGGUGCUGAUAAGGCUGACCGUUUUGCAUGGAAAUUUAGUCGUACGGGUGUCUACACCGUUCGAACUGGUUAUUGGGAAGCUAGGAAGCUUGGGGUUGGAAAUCGAAUUAGUGGCCCCAGUGAUUCGACUGUUCAUAUAUGGUGGAAAGGUAUCUGGAAAUUAUCAAUUCCAAACAAGGUUAAGUGUCCAGAAUUCCAACUAGAGAAAUUUUCAUGGGCAUGUUGGUGUUUGUGGAAUAACCGAAAUGACCUCGUACAUGGCAAUUGUAUUAAAUCUGAUACUCAAUUAUUGGACUCUAUUUCGAGAUUGCAUGUGGAACAAAACAGAGUUGGGAUUGGCAUGGUAGUGCGGAAUUCUUCUGGUGAAUUGAUGGGUGCUAUGGCAAAACCUUUUGAAGCUUCCUGGUCUGUCAUGUAUUCUGAACUCAUAGCUAUUCGUGUGGCAACAGAUUUCUGCAUGAAAGCUGGUUUCGUCCAUGGUGAAAUUAUAAGUGAUUGUCGGGGGCAGUUUGUGCGGUCAAUGUGGGUUUACCAGAAGCUAGUUUGGAUGAGAACUGUUUUUUGGUUGAAAGACUACACAAGUUAUUAA